GUGUGGCCAGGUCUGACAGCGUUUCCUGAUUUCUCUGACGAUGUGACCCAUGAGUGGUGGUACGACAAUCUCAAGAGGUUCCACGACAAAGUUCCCUUCGACGGACUCUGGAUCGACAUGAACGAGCCAUCUAGCUUCGUGGACGGGUCGACCGUUGGCUGUCCUGACACCGAGCUGGAGAACCCUCCGUACACACCUGGUAUAUUAGGAGGGUUGUUGAGGGCUAAGACUCUGUGUGCCUCUGCUGUCCAGAAGACCUCGUCUCACUACAACAUGCACAGCCUGUAUGGCCUUCUAGAAGCUAAGGCCUCGGCUCGUAACCUCCUCUCUGUUCCCCUGGUGGGGGCUGAUAUCUGUGGCUUCAGUGAGCAGACUGAGGAGGAGCUGUGUGUCCGCUGGACUCAGCUAGGAGCCUUCUACCCUUUCACACGCAACCACAACUCUAUCGACCAGAAGCCUCAGGACCCCCCAGUGUUCAGCCCUUCAGGCCGUUCAGCCAUGAAACAGUCUCUGCUGCUUCGCUCCUCUCUGUUCCCGCUGCUCUACACGCUGUUCCACCGCGCGCACACACACGGACACACCGUCGCUCGGCCUCUGCUGUUCGAGUUCCCCAAGGACGUGAGAACGUAUGGGAUAGACAGACAGUUCCUAUGGGGGAAGAGUUUGAUGGUGACACCAGUAUUAGAUCCAGGUGUGGACUAUGUUGUGGGCUACUUCCCUCAGGGUCUCUGGUACGACUACUACACGGGUGAUUCUAUCCGUAGUAAAGGAGAAGAGUUGAGGCUCAAGGCUCCUCUAGAGCAUAUCAACCUUCACCUGAGAGAAGGAGCUGUCAUACCUACACAGCGUCCCAACACAACCCUGUUUGUGAGCAGUGGUCAGCCGCUCCACCUCGUGUCCAGUCUGUCUGAAGACGGCUCGGCCGGAGGAGAGCUGUUCUGGGACGACGGAGAGAGCAUCGACACCUUUGAGACAGACCAGUACGCUCACGUAGUGUUCACUGUGGUGAAGAACACGAUGACAUCGGAGGUGCUGCACGACCACGUGGAGGCUUCCUACAUCACCGUGGAAACAGCCUCCUUCUAUGGCGUGAAGGUGGAGCCUACCAGGGUUACGGUCAACUCCCAUGAUGCUGCAUUCACCUACAGAGCCAAUCAGGUGUUGACUGUAACAGAUCUGGGACUGAAUCUCAGCCAGAACUUCACCAUCAGUUGGAUCUAACAGCUUUUUCCCCCCCAAAAAAAUGUGAAUUCCGACCUUUUGGAAUGUUGAUGGUUUUCCUUCCCUGACGGUCUCUACUGCUUUACUCCCCACGGCCGUGACCCAAAUGGCACCCUAUUCCCUAUAUAGUGUA